GCGGGCGGAACUGACACUACUUACACGGUCUUAGAAUGGGCAAUGACAGAGCUUUUGCGGAAACCCGGAGUCAUGAAGGUAUUGCAGAAUGAAGUGAGAGGAAUCGUGAAUGGGAAAGAGAUAAUAAAAAAAGAAGAUUUAGAUAAAAUGCAUUACUUGAAAGCGGUACUCAAAGAGACUCUUCGUUUGCAUCCUCCAAUUCCUUUACUAGUUCCCCGAGAAUCAACCAAAGACGUCAAAAUUAACAACUAUGACAUAUCGGCUGGAACAACAGUAAUCACUAAUGCUUGGGCAAUCGGAAGGGACCCCAAUAUAUGGGAUAAACCUGAAGAGUUUAGACCAGAGAGGUUCUUGAACAAUUCUAUAGACUUUAAAGGACAUGACUUUGAAUUGAUACCAUUUGGUGCAGGGAGGAGGGGUUGCCCUGGUGUCUUAUUUGCAAUGAGCACUAAUGAAAUUGUGUUAGCAAAUCUUGUUAACAAGUUUGAUUGGUCAUUGCCCUUUGGAGCAAGAGUGGAGGAUUUGGACAUGACAGAAUGCACUGGUCUUACUAUCCAUAGGAAAGUUCCUCUUUUGGCUGUCGCUACUCCAACUUCUUGUUAG